GUCAUCGCAGUGCCGCCGGGACGAGUCCCCGUAACCCUAUAGGUUCAUGGUUCUACAGGUGACUUUCAUAAAGAGACGGAGCCCAAGUCUCCAACUGAAGACAGAGCUGUGCGGGACAAGUCGGCUGGGGACCCUUCCCAUGAUCCCUCACUCCUAAGCAGCACCGCAGAUACCUGGGUCCUGUAUGCGUUCCUUGAGCAGACAGACUGGAGCAGCACCUCACGGCCCCAGGUUCGAUUCAGUCAUCGGGAUUCAGAGACGAUCCCAGCGCUCACAGAACUUUCUCAGGUUCUCCGUCUCCUCCGCCGGACCGCGACUCCGAACCCCUCGUGUUGAUCCUCCAGAAGGUCUCAGCCAAGCCUCCCGGUGUGACCUUCUUCCCGACUUCCGCCCAGUGUCCAGACCCGGUUCGGUCCACCUCGGUCCUGGGGACGAUCCGCCGCCCCGCGCUCAGGCUCGCCGCUCCGCUCCGGGACCCAUCAUCAUCAUCAUCAUCAUCAUCAUGCCAGGUGCGGCAGCCCGGGCCGUGGCGCGAGAGCGAGAGGUGACCCACGCUACGCGCAGGACACAGAGCGGCAGUCACGAGGAGGAGGCAGGAACGCGGCACGCCGCGAGUGAGGUGGAGGAGCGCGAGGGAGGGAGCGGUGAGCGCGCGCGAGCCGCCGGCUGCUGGACGGAGACGCCGCUGAGUCCGCGAUCAGACUCAGGGACACCGCGGCACCUCUUGCUCCCGCCACAUGGCUCUCUCUCUGACCUGGCUGGGAUGGAUGAUGAGGAUGAUGACGAUGAGGAUGAGGAGGAUGAUGCCCGAUCUUCAGGCUGCGAGAGGAAGAAGAAGAAGAACAGCGCAAGUGGUUGUGUCGAGUCCCUCGCCUCGUGCCCGACUUUCGCCGGGGGCUGCGAUCCAACGCGUGUCAGCGGAGCGGAGGUGGGACAGAUUCGCCCCCGCGCGCGCGUGUGCGCGUGUGUGUGUCGAGACUGCGAUAGGAGGAAGCCGGACUCUUUGUUGGAGGAGAUCUGAUCCUCGCGCUGAACACCCAGUCGUGCAGGUAACACACACACGCACACGGUCUCGCUCUCUCUCUCUGCCUCCCGGACCGGCCACCAACUGAACACUCCGCUGAGCUGCUAGCUCUGCGUGUGUGUGUGUGGCUUCCCGAAGCUCCGCCCGCGCUCGCGCAGUCAGCCGACGGACAAGGCGUGUGUG